AUGGCAGAGAAGACAAGUAAAAUGGAUUUCACGGAGAACGAAAUAGAGGUGCUUGUGAGGGAGGUGGAGGCCAGGAAAAUUAUACUAUUUGGUGGUCACAGUACUGGCAUCACUAAUAAAAGAAAAACAAGUGAGUGGCAGCACGUCGUCACCGCUGUAAAUAGUGUGAGUGCCACAGUCAGAUCUGUGGCAGAGGUGAGGAAGAAGUGGUGUGAUCUGAAGAUGGAGGCCAAGAGUAGAGUGGCGUGGCACCGUCAAAGCGUGUCUGCUACAGGUGGGGGCCAGGGAACACCCGAGCCCACACCGCUGGACACCAAAAUAGCCUCCAUCCUUGGGACGGCCAGCGUGUGUGACAUAGUGUCGGAGAGAGAAGGAGACAAAGAUUUGGCGGAGACCACAGAGGAGACCGACACUCUAGAGUUGGAAGCGGGUGACGAGGAGGUUCCCGGCACGACGUGUCCUGGCACCGUGGCCGCAGGUCUGGCUGUCCCCAGCACCAGUGCGCUCAGCACCAGUGCGUCCCGAGUGCAUGGCGCACCUGGAAGUGGCCGGGUCCUGACCGACACUGUCCUGCAAACGCAGAGGGACACCAUCAAUGCAAUCAAUGAAGUCAGAGACGAACUCCAACAAAUACGUACAGUCAUGAGUAACAUGUGUGAUGUCAUGUUUGAAAUUGCCAGCUACAUUAAAGAUCUUGUUAAAAAAUGA